AUGGAGGAGGUGAUCAUCGAGGAGGUGCCCAAAGAGGCCCCCUCGGCGACGGCAGGCCUCGCGGCUUCUGGUGGAGGAGACCGGGAAGAGAAAGGUGAAGAAGAGGAGGAGGAGGAGGAGGAUGAGGAGGAAUACAUUGGGACCCCCGCCGAUGACAAGGAGGACAACCGGAGCCCUGCAGACAAAGCUCUGGACGCUCUUGAGGCUGAGAAGAAGGCAAUGACUCCGUUGGAGCAGCUGGAAAGGGCACUUCUUUGGAAGGUGGAGGGCAACGACUUCUUCAAGAAGGGCGAGCUCUUCAGGGCCGCCGACUGCUACUACCACUCCAUAGUCUUUGCCCGGGACCUGACGAAAAAUCCUCAGUACUACCCGGACCUGAAGCAUACGCAGGAUGAGCGGACCAAAGCCAAGGAGAUGUGCGAAUCCGUCUUCACAAACUUGGCGCUGGUGCAGCUGAAAUACGGCCUCAGCCUGAGCCCGGACAACUGUGAGCGCGGCAAGGUGUUCCAGGAGGGCGUGAAGUCCGCUUCGGAGGCCUUGAAGCUGAACGCUCAGAACGUCAAGGCGCUCUUUCGCCGGGGCUCGCUGAAUUUUGUGGUGGCCAAGAGCUGCAAACACAACGCCGAGGCUCAGGAGGUCUGUGGUGAGGCCAAGGCGGAUUUCCUGAAGGUCAUCGAGGCGGAGCCGCAGAACCGCGAGGCGCGAGCUGAGCUCAAGGCGCUCCAGGAGCACCUGAAGGCCCUGAAGCGCGAGGAGCGGGAAGGGGAGAGGCGGGAGUUCUCCUUCGCCAGCACCUUGUGCGGCCUGGGCUUCAAGGAAAAAGAUCUGCUCGGGGACGGCUCUGUGCGCAAGCAGAUCCUGAGCGCCGGCGAUGGGGGCAAGUGGCUCAAUGAGGAUUGGCUGAAGUGGACAGGAUCCACCAAAUGUGUGAUCCACCUGGCGGUACGAUCCCUUGAAGGCGAGGCGAACGCCUCCGCAGUGUCACUGUCUUUCAUCCUGGGCGAUCCAGAUAUGCAUGAAGGUGUCAACGUGGCAGUGAAGUCGAUGACCAUGGGCGAGGCCGGCAGCUUCGCUUUCGCCAAGAGCCGCCUCGCGGCGGAGAGCGGCCUCACGCGGCUCCUGCCGAAGGUCACUUCCGAGGAGUCCAAGUGGGAGAUCCACUUGCAGAAGUUUGUGACUUGGGAAGACUUGGAUCACAACGGCGAGAGGUUGCGGAAGGUCCAGGAAGAGGGCUACGGGGCCAGCUGCGCCGGAGAGUUGUCAGAGAUCUUCGCUCACUGGCGAGUCUUUGGUCCAGACGGCAAGCUGGUACACUCCAGCAGGUACACCGUGCACAUGGGUGGCGACCAGGGCAUGCAGCAGGUGGAGGAUGAGGACAAAGAGGCUCCCUCCUACAUCCUGGGGGAGACGGCUUGGCAGCCCGUGACGAGUCUCUGCCGCACCCUGCGUCAGGGCGGCGUGGCCGAGCUCCGCUUGAGACACGUACCGGACCUUCCCAAGGAUCCCAAUGGCGACGAUGUGUCCGCCAAGCUGUCCUUGAUGAUGAAUCGGGGCUCCACCGAGAGCCUGAGCCACUGCACAGUGAAAGUCGAGCUGGAGAAGGUGGUGCCAGCGCUGGCCGGGCCAGGAGGGAGAGAGGGCGCGACUUGUUGA